UGAUAUAUAAAAAAAUAGGAAAACGACUUGAAAAUUUUUGAAGUUUUUUAGGUCUUUGAUGCGACGGAACUGGCCUGACUUGCGCAUAUUAUUAUCUUUUACCUGUAAAUAUAAUAUUGAGUAAUGCACAACAAUACAAAUUUUCGAAAUACUUUUGUAUCUUUUGAAGCCACUACAGAAACCCAAAACUCAACUAUACUUCCCUCUAUACAACUUGUUCGACCUCCCCCUCUACUUACUUCAACCGUUAAUACCUUAAACACUAAGUUUACACCAAUUUAUAACCAAAGCGGCUCAAAAGAAAUAAACUUUAAUAGUUUUUCUGGUAUAAAAUUAGGAGGAGGCAUUUCUCAAAUUACGAAUAUAACCUCGAGAGCAACUUCGCUUCCCGUACCCCCUCCUAUCGUAGCUUUUCCUUCUUUACCUUCUCCAGGGAUUUCACUUGUUGACGCGCAAAGACAGUCGUACUUAAAUUUCCUGCAGACUCAAUCCAAUAUUCUUACUCGGCCAACUUCCUCAAAACCAGUAAUUCCUGCGCCCACCGCUUUGGGGCAGCGUGCUUUUCAGCAGCUUCCUCCUUUAUUCCAACCACCUCGUCUACCCCCCCUCUUUCCCAUUCGAUUACCAGCAUUAAAAACAAUCCAGCCGACACUAACAGUCGCCCCUUCGAGCGUUCCUCAGUCAACAGAGCAGCAGCUGGCGAACUUAGUGACGCCACCUCAGCCGCCUCAGCCUCCCUUACCUCCUUUUCUACCCGAUCCGCCAUUCUGUCCGCCGCCACCUCCGGGAGAGCCGCCUAAAACUCCGUCUCCUCCCCCACCUGAACCCGCUUCACCUGACCCGCCUCCUCCGCCGCCUGAGCAUGUUGAUCUGUACAGUGCAGAAAUUUUUUUUAAAGUACCGCCAUCGUCAUCCCCGCUUGCUUUAACUUUGAAGGUUAAUAGCGUCAAGAACUCUCCAAUUCCACCAUCACCGGAUCUUUUGGAAAGUCAAACUGAAAACCUUCCGUUGCCGUUAAAGUCUAAUUAUCGUCUAAAUUUGAAAUUUACCAGCGUUGGUCUUCAAAGAAAACAAAUUCUACGAUUUAAUACUUUAAAAAGGCCAAAAGAUCGCUGGGGAACAAAUACUAUAAGUAUGUAUGAUAUUAUCGCGAAAAUUGGAGAGGGAAUGUACGGACACGUUUACAAAGCUAAAGAGAAAAAAUCCGCACAGAUUGUGGCUUUGAAGAAAAUUCGAUUGGAAUCUAGCCAGCAGGGGUUUCCUAUUACUGCAAUCCGGGAAGUUAAAAUUUUGCGAAACUUGAAACAUCCAAACAUUGUAUGUUUGAAAGAUGUCAUCUGCAGUGCAGAUACUACUGAGAGUAUAACGGAAAACUGGAAUAAAUACGGCAAUUUGGAAUUUUAUCUUGUUUUCGAAUAUCUUGAGCACGAUUUAUCCGGCAUCCUCGAGAGCGGAGAAAUAGAGUUUGAUAUAAACUUGGUGCGAUCUUACACCCGUCAAUUAUUAUCAGGAGUUAAAUACUGUCACGAUCACAAUAUUUUGCACAGAGAUAUAAAAGGAUCCAACAUAUUGCUUGGAAAUAACGGGAUACUAAAAGUUGCCGACUUCGGACUUGCGAGAUCGUGGAACGAAAACAGAAGCUACACCAAUAAGGUAAUCACACUUUGGUACCGCCCGCCAGAAUUACUGCUUUCCAGCGACGUCUACGGGCCUGGAAUCGACGUUUGGAGCUGCGGGUGCAUCCUCGGGGAGAUGCUGUCGAAGCGGCCUUUAUUUCACGGGCGCGAGGAGUCGUCUCAACUGGAGUUAAUCAGCCGGCUUUGCGGUACUCCGCGGGAAAGUGUAUGGCCCGGCGUCCAGCAGCUUCCCGGGUUCGACCGCCUCUGCCCUAAAGUCAAGUAUAAGAGGCGCCUCAAGGAAGCUUUUGCCGCACACGAUGCGCAAGCAGUCGAUCUGCUGGACCGGUUGCUGGUGCUUAACCCCUGCGAGCGGCCGCUUUGCGGAGAUGCUCUCAAGCACCCCUUUUUUGACGCAAACGACUUAAAAUUUUGUUUAAAUGUAAAGACCGACUUUCAUGAAUAUGAAAUGAAAAGUAGGAAACAGAAAGGAUAAAUUCUUAUAUAC